AUGGCUGGACAACGAACAAGGGCAGGGAGAGAAAAUCCGCAGCCACAGCGCGAGAAUGACGAUAUGCCACUGCCGCAAGCCCAAGAGCAAGGUCUGUCUCCACCACCAUACAACACGCGAGAUUCCACCCAGAGUGCACCGCAGGAUAUUCCUAUGUCUGGCACUGGCACCGGCUUUGUUCCCAUCGAUCCCAUAUUCCAUGAGGCCCCUCCCCCCACCUACGGCACUGUGCUUGAAGAGAUCAAACAAAUUUUCGCCUUCAACUGUGCCUCUUAUCUAUACGUUAGUAUAAAUCAUCUCCGAGCGUGCGCUUCUAGAUGCUAA